ACCUGUUAAAUCUGAUAUUACUCGAAAACUGUGUGACCUCUGUGUUGUGCGGAGUGUAUAAACAUUGUUUUUCCAGUUUCAUAAUUCUAAUUUUUCGCGAUGGCUCUUUUAUGCCAUAAUAUAAAAAUGUCCCUGCGCUUAUUUCAAGCUACAUCUGUUGCAUUUAGGCACAAAUCUGAGCAAAAAUUGCCUAAUUACAUCGAACACGCAACUGGCUUGGAACGGAAAGAACUCUUGGCGAGAGCGGCCGGGAAUGAUGAUCCUUUUGGUAUGAAAGUUUUCAAGAGGGGCGCAGGUACUAAAGACAACCCUAAUUUGAUUCCAUCCUUCGAAGAUAAAAGAAUAAUUGGGUGCAUUUGUGAAGAAGAUUCUACUGCAAUCAAUUGGAUGUGGGUCCAUAAAGACGAACCGAAACGAUGUGGUUGUGGCCAUUGGUUUAAAAUAGUAGAAGCAAAACCAUUGUAAACCGUAACUUAUCACCAUUUAUUGUCAGAAUAUAUGAUUCUUGUAGAAUAAAUUGCAUUAUGUAAAUGGAGAAUGUAUUCUUGGGAUUAUUAAACACUCAAUUUGA